AUGUCCGACGAAGAGUUUAUCAUGGACGAUGCCGCAGACGAGGACUACGACUUCGAGUACGAGGAAGAUGACGACGACGACGACAACGCCGACGCCGGCAUCGAGAAUCGCUACUACAAUGCCAAAAAUAUCAAAGAGUCCGACCCGGACGAGGCCAUCCGCGAGCUGCAGGCCGUCGUCGAAGCCGAGGGGGAAAAGGGCGACUGGGGCUUCAAGGCGCUCAAGCAGCAGACAAAGAUCCACUUCCACCGCGGCAACCACGCCCGCGCACUCGAGACCUACACCGCCCUCCUCUCCUACACAAAGUCGGCCGUCACGCGCAACUACAGCGAAAAGUCGAUCAACAACAUCCUCGACUACGUCUCGGGCGCCACCGACAUCGACCUCUCGACCAUGGAGUCGUUCUACGACGUCACAAAGAGCGCACUCGAGGAGGCCAAAAACGAGCGCCUGAGCGUAAAGACCGACCUCAAGCUCGCCCGCCUCUGGCUCGCGCGCAAGGAGUGGGGCCGCCUGGCAAAGACGAUCAAGGAGCUCCGCGCCUACUGCACCGACCCCGACGGCGGCGACGACCAGUCCAAGGGCACCAUCCUCCUCGAGAUCUUUGCCCUCGAGAUCCAGAUGUACGGCGAGCUGGGCAACUUCAAGAAGCUCAAGGACGUCUACAACGCCACCCUCCAGGUCAAGAGCGCCAUCCCGCACCCGCGCAUCAUGGGCGUCAUCCGCGAGUGCGGCGGCAAGAUGCACAUGUCGGAAAAGAGCUGGGAGGCGGCCCAGGUCGACUUUUUCCAGGCUUUCCUCAACUACGACGAGGCCGGCAGCCCGCAGCGCAUCCAGGUGCUCAAGUACCUCGUCCUCGCCCACAUGCUCAUGGGCAGCGACAUCAACCCGUUCGACUCGCAGGAGACCAAGCCCUACAAAAACGACCCGCAGAUUGUCGCCAUGACCAACCUGGUCAGCGCCUACCAGCGGCGCCAAGUCCACGAGGCCGAAAAGAUCCUGCGCGACAACCAAGAGACGAUCCUCGACGACCCCUUCAUCAAGGCCUACAUCGACGACGUCCUAAAGGGCCUGCGCACCCAGUACCUCAUCGACAUCAUCAAGCCCUACUCGCGCAUCGAGCUCGGCUUCCUCGUGCGCGAGCUCAACGUCGAAAUGGACCAGGUCGAGGACCUCGUCAUGUCCCUCAUCCUCGACGACAAGAUCCACGGCAAGAUUGACCAGGUACGCGGCUUCCUCGACCUCGACCGGUCCACCGCCAGCGUCAACCGCGCCAGGUACGACGCACUCGGCAGGUGGAGCUCCGAAGUCGACAGGCUCCAGGGCGCAGUCGGCCACAAGCACGGCUCUGGCCCUGGCGGAGGCGUGACUUCCGCCGUCGGUCCUGGCGGGCCCGGUCUGUCGAGGAUAGGCCUGGGUCCGAUGCUGCGAGGUUGA